GUAGGUUAAGAUGCUGUGAUUUGACAGAUGAAGGUUGUUCUGCUGUGACUUCAUGAACAUAACGUGUCUGAUUCAUUGUGUUUUCUCUUUCUGUCUUCAGUCUGUGUGGAUGCAGUAUUACAGAGAAACAGUGUCUCAUCCUGACUUCAGCUCUGAAAUCAAACCCAUCACACCUGAGAGAACUGAACCUGAGCUGGAAUCAACUACUAGGAGACUCUGGAGUGAAACACCUCAGUGAUCUACUGAUGAACACACAAUUCAAGCUGGAGAAACUAGAUCUGUGUGAAUGCAGUAUUACAGAGAAACAGUGUCUCAUCCUGACUUCAGCUCUGAAAUCAAACCCAUCACACCUGAGAGAACUGAACCUGAGUCUGAAUGAACUACUAGGAGACUCUGGAGUGAAACACCUCAGUGAUCUACUGAUGAACACACAAUUGAAGCUGGAGAAACUAGAUCUGUGUGAAUGCAGUAUUACAGAGAAACAGUGUCUCAUCCUGACUUCAGCUCUGAAAUCAAACCCAUCACACCUGAGAGAACUGAACCUGAGCAGGAAUAAACUACUAGGAGACUCUGGAGUGAAACACCUCAGUGAUCUACUGAUGAACACACAAUUCAAGCUGGAGAAACUAGAUCUGUAUGAAUGCAGUAUUACAGAGAAACAGUGUCUCAUCCUGACUUCAGCUCUGAAAUCAAACCCAUCACACCUGAGAGAACUGAACCUGAGCUGGAAUCAAAUAAAAAACACAGGAGUGAAUCACUUAUGUGACGUACUGAAGGAUUCACGCUGUAAACUGGAGAGAUUGAGUCUUCGUUACUGUGACAUUACAGAUGUUUCUUCUUUAACUCAGUCUUUGAAAAACACAAAAGCUCUGCAGUUUCUAAAAGAGCUUGAUCUGAGACACAAUAAGAUUAGAGACUCAAAGCAGAAGCUCAUUGAUGUGCUACGAGACUCAAACUGUGAACUGAUGUGA